AUGGAAAGUGCAAGAGAAAAGAGCAAUAAUAACAUGUAUGGUAAUACAAAUGAGGGGAGCAUUGACUUUCGAGAGGAAGAAGAUUUGCUGGAGCCUCAAUGUUACCCGGAUGCAACACUUUUCAAAACCAGCCUUGAAGGUCUUUCCCAAGAUGAGGAAGAUUUCAAGAAACACUUGACGAGUAACAAAGCAACUCUUAGAGCGCUUGCUCCGUACCUCCAAAUACUUCACAAGGAUCAAAAAAAAAAGAUGGAAUCAGUCAAGAAAACUCCAAAAAAUGAAGGAAUGGUGCCUAUAAAGUCAAAAGAGCAGGUUAUUACUGUCGUGCCAGAUGUAACACAAAAUCCAGAACUUGUCUCUUCCAUUGUUGAAACAGGAGAAACAUUGAGGAACCUCAUAAAUGCAAGGAAUGUUUCUGUUUAUUUAGCAGAUCAAGCAAAAAAUGAGAUUUAUUAUUGUCCCAAGGAGCUUUGUGUGGAAAAGCACGACAUUUUGAAGAUUGAAGAAGGCACAACAUUAGCUGCAUAUGCUGCUUUUAAAAGGGAACUUAUAGUGUCAAAAAAUUUGCUUUCAGAUUCUAGAUUUCCCCUAGGCUUAAGUGUUCCGUAUCCCCUAGCCAAAUUUGGCUUGGGAGUGCCUAUAAAAACACCCAAUGACGAUUUAAUCGCUGUUUACGAAUUGAACCGUGAUGGAUUCUCAAUUCCUUUUGAGAAGAAAGAUGAACAAAUGAUCCUCGCUGUGACUGGGUGGAUGGGAGCAGGCAUUCUUCAGAAAGCCAUCUACGAUAAUCUGGAAAGACAAUAUGAGACGACAUAUUGCUUGCAACAACUGAGUUUUCAUUAUCACUGUGAUCGUGUUGACAAAGAGAGUGCGUUCUCAGAUAUUGUUGUCUUUGCUCGAGAAACCAUUGAUGCGGAACAUUGCAUUUUCUAUUUGAUAGUUAAAAUGACUAAAGACUACUGUGUGGUAGAAGAAUACGAACAGGGAUCAGAAGAGAUGAAAAUUAUGGUGAAAAAAUAUACCAAUAAAGUUGUUAAAAACCAAGAUUCGUAUCUUUACAAAGUUUUAAUGGAAAAGGAGAUUUUCAAUGUUGUUGGUAAUAAAAUUCACGAGAUGGAGUCCUCUGUCAAAUCAAUGUUGUGUGUUCCAAUCCUUUGUACCUGCAAAGAAGUACUUGGAGCAAUACGGUUGAUCAAUAAGCGUUCUGCGGAAAACUUCAACAAAGAUGAUGAAAAAACUUUGAUGACUUUUUCUAGUUUCUUUUCCAUCCAAUAUCACCACAACAAAGCUCACAAUAAUGCUAAAAAAGCUGAAAUACAAAACAAUAUAGUGAAAGAUAUGUUAAACUACCACAUUAAACCGUGCACACACGAUCAAGAGGCCUUUAAAAAGAAAAGAACUCCAGUACCUUUACCAGAAAACUUUUUCACUUUUGCCUGGUAUCCAGCGCCAGAUGAUAUGCCACGUUUGGCUGAAAUUACGAUUAGUAUGUUUCAUGAAGUUCUUGGUGACUCUUUCAUGUUACAAAAUAAUGUGCCAAAAUUUAUUCUAACUGUUCAGAAGUGCUACAGGCCCAAUCCAUAUCACAAUUUCCUACACGCCUUUGUUGUUACUCACACUAUGGCCAAUAUAAUUUCUCGCUAUCACUUCAACUUCAACGGUCUGGAACGGAAGGGCCUGAUGGUGGCAGCUUUGUGCCACGACCUUGACCACCGAGGAUAUACAAACAACUUUGUACAGUUGACCAAACACUAUCUGUCUAGCUUGUAUGCUUCCUCGCCUCUUGAAAACCACCAUUUCACAGUGGCCAAGAUGAUUAUACAAAAAUGUGCGAUGUUCUCCUACCUCAAGCCUGAGAUCUAUGACACACUUCUGACUAGCAUCUACAAAUACAUUAUUGCGACUGAUUUAUCUCUUUACUUCCAGUGUAGGAUGGAGCUGAUGAGAAUCGCUGAUGAGAAAUCAUUCACUUUCAAAGAUCCCAGCCAUAGACAACUCGUGAUGAGCUUGAUCAUGACCCUUUGUGAUCUUUCAGGCCAAACCAAGCCGAUGCCGAUCAGUAGAAAAAUUACAGAAGACGUUUAUGAAGAAUUCUUCCAGCAGGGAGAUAUGGAAAAGAAAAUGGGAUAUGUGCCAAUACCAACUAUGGAUCGUGACAAGAAAGAUAUGCUUUUUGAAAAUCAAGUACAGUUCUUGAGUUUUGCGGUUAUUCCUUGCAUUGAGACGAUAUCAAGAAUCUUCAACAUGUUAAGUCCUAUGCUCGAAGACACUAAGGGUCUAUUGCACCAGUGGAAAAAAUUGGUUCAGGCAAAGAAACAACAUGAUCUUCAGGAAUAAUACAGACAGUAAAAAAGUACAGAUACAGUACUUUACUUCAUUUCAGGCAAUUUUUCAAAGAAUAGACAUUUUAUUAAAUUUCAGAUUCAAUAAAAAUUGUUGCCUUUAUUUUUUAUACCACUUAUGGUGCAAUAGAGAACCUUUUUAUACAGCUUUAAUCAAUGCAAUAAGAGUAGGUCUACUGUGUUGUAUCUAUAAGACAUUACCGGUAGGCCAUUUAUGAAAGCUAAGGUGUUGUUCAAAGUGCACAUACGUAAUGU